AUGAAGAAGGCAGAUAAGGAAUAUGUGGAUAGUGAAUUAAUGAAGAAAGCAGAUAAGGAAUAUGUUAAUGAAAAAGAUAAUGAAAUUAAAGAAAGGGUUGAAUGGUAUCAUGAAUGGACAUCAAAGAUUUUAAAAACUAAAGCCGAUACAGGAUGGGUUUCAGGAUGUUUAGAUCUUAAAGCAGAUAAAACUUAUGUUAACGAUGAGUUAAAUAAGAAGGCAAAUAAGGAAUAUGUUGAUAGUGAAUUAAUGAAGAAGGCAGAUAAGGAAUAUGUUGAUAGUGAGUUAAAUAAGAAGGCAGAUAAAACUUAUGUGGAUGAAAUAUACCAAAGUUUGAUAGGAACAACAAAAAAUAUUGAAACUAUUGUUGGGGAUGUUUCUAUCUAUGAAGAAAACAAAUAUUUUAGAUGGGAGUUUGUACACUCCUUAAAAAAUGGUACACGGUGUAAACUCAUUCCGAAAAAUAACAAUGAAAUGUAUGUAAGUUAUAAAAAGAAUGAUGGCACACAAGUUAAAGUUCCAUUAGACAACAACUGCUACUUAAACUUAUAUGGAGACGAACAAAAGAAAUAUUUAAGAGUUUAUGAAAUGGCAGAUAUGGCAUUGCCUCACCCAGCUCCAGCACCAUAUUAUUAUGACUAUGGAGAUGACGACAGAACACCACAUGUAGAUGAACAAAAGCUAACAUUAUAUUUAGAUUAUUAUAGAUAUAAAAGAUAUAAUGCAAUAGAAAAAACGAGAAUAGUAUAUUAUUAUACAGAUGACAGAAAUAAAUAUUAUAGUCAAGAUUUUACCUACCCUGAAAACAUAAGAUUAUAUUAUAAAAAAUAUUCUGACACAAACCAGAAGAAACCUGAAAUAGUUGCACUAUAUUUUAAGUUCAAAAGAGACAAUCCUAUAUUAUCUCAUAUGUUUGAUUUAAUGAACCCAGUAGGUUCUAUUUAUACAUCUAUGGAUGCAAGAGGUCCUCAAGUAAUGUUUGGUGUUGGUGCAUGGGAACAAAUAGUUGACAGGUUUUUGUAUUGUGCAAACUCUUCAAAGGAAACAGGUGGAAGUAAAACAAUUUCAGGUGAAAAUUUACCCGCACACAGUCACUACAUAGAUUUAAGUACAUCUCAGGCAGGUUGGCAUAAGCAUAGAUAUUGGGAUUGGUCAGGAAUGACAAAAGGUAAAGGAUAUGAUGUUAAAGACGACGUUAAGUUUGCUAUAAAUUGUUACUGGAGUGACACUCAGGGAGAAGGAAACCAUACACAUUUCGUUUCAGGAUAUACACAAACAACGGGACAAAGUAAAGACUACAUGCCACCUUACAUGACAGUUUACGCAUGGUAUAGAGUUCGAUGA